UAGAAAUUUGAGUAGAAAAAUAGAAGAAACGAGACUUGGCCUAGCAAGAAAUAUGAGCACGUCUAAUAAUACAACUCGAGAGCAUGUGCAUCACGUUGAAGAUACAGAUGAUCUUUCUAGUUUGGAUGAUAAGGCACCUUUGUGGAUUUAUGUUAAUAAGAUGGAGAAGCUUGCAGGAGGAGGAUCGUGGAGGUUCGAAUGCAAGUUUUGCAAAAUUAAAUUUUCUGGUUCUUAUAGCAGAGUUGCGACUCAUUUGUUAAAAGAUGGGACUAAGGGAAUUAGAGAAUGCUUGAAGCUCCGGCCUCCGAGAGCAGUUCCAUUGCCUUCGUCAUCAAAAAAAGCAUUCAGUUCUUCUCUUGAUUAUGAUACGAAUUACAGUGCCCCUAAUGCAAGUGAGUCUGAUCCAAAGAAGAGAAAAGGAACGAAUACACCUUUGGGAAAAGCUUUUAACAAUGAGGCUAGAGAGCAAUGUGAUGGUGAGAUAGCUAGAAUGUUCUAUACAUCUGGCCUAUCUUUUAACGUCGCAAGAAAUCCUCAUUAUCGCAAUUCAUACGUGCGAGCAUCAAACAUUCCAGGAUAUGUUCCCCCUGGAUAUAAUGCAUUGAGGACUGGACUUCUUCAAAAGGAAAGAAAGAACAUUGAAAUGCACUUGCAGCCUUUGAAGAACUCAUGGAUACAAAAAGGUGUUAGUAUAUGUAGUGAUGGUUGGUCAGAUCCACAUCGAAGGCCGAUAUUUAAUUUGAUUGCUGCAAAUGAGAGUGGUCCAAUGAUGUUAAGGGCAAUCAAUAGUCAAGGCGAAGUGAAAACUGGUGAGAUGAUUGCUAAGUUGAUCAUAGAAUGCAUAAAAGAGGUUGGACAUGAAAAUGUGGUUCAAGUAGUGACAGACAACGCUGCCAAUUGUGUAAAGGCUGGUUCACUUAUAUCUGCUAAGUAUCCCACUAUCUUCCGGACACCAUGCGUGGUGCAUACAUUGAACCUUGCUUUGAGGAACAUAUGUUCACCAUUACUAACCACACGAAACAAUGAAGAUGUGUAUGGUGCUUGUAUCUGGAUAAAAUCUCUUAGUGAGGAUGUAACUUGGAUUAAGAAUUUUAUUAUGAAUCAUGGGAUGAGGCUUGUGAAGUUCACAGAGCAUUGUGAUCUUAAACUUCUUACAAUUGCUUCUACAAGAUUUGCAUCCACCGUUGUGAUGUUUAAAAGAUUCAAGAAGAUAAAAACGGGAUUGCAACAAAUGGUGAUUAGUCCUAAAUGGGAUGACUAUAAAGAAGACGAUGUAGGAAAAGCAUCUGCAGUGAAACAAAAGAUAUUAGAUGAAAGGUUUUGGGAUGAGCUUGAAUAUGUUUUAUCUUUCACGUUGCCUAUAUAUGGUGUGAUUAGAGCUGCUGAUACUGAUAAGCCGUCUCUUCAUUUAGUCUAUGAAUGGUGGGAAAGUAUGAUUCAGAAUGUGAAGAAAGCUAUCUUUAGAAGAGAAAGAAAACAACUUAUAAUGAAGAAUCUGUCUUUUGGAAUGCUGUGAAUUCUGUUUUGACAUCUCGUUGGAGCAAAAGUAACACUCCUCUCCAUUGUAUGGCGCAUUCCUUAAAUCCCAGUAAGUUAAUAACUACUUUUAAAGAAU